UUUAAACAUUAGCAUCCACAAAACUUCUAAAUAAUGAUCAAUAAUUAAUAUAAUUAAACCAAUUUGCUUCCUUUACCAUGAAAUAAGUUUAGAUUAUGAUUUGUUUCUAUUUGUCGAAUUCAUUGAAAGUCUGUUGAUUUUUAGAUCGAGAAAGAAAGUGACGAUGCCAGACUGGUCACUCGAAUCGAACGGAUUGGAGCACAUAGUCAUAUUCGAGGCCUUGGUUUGGACGAUGACUUACAACCUAGACCUGUGUCGCAAGGGAUGGUUGGCCAGAAGUCUGCUAGGAGAGCUGCUGGUCUAAUUGUUGAAAUGAUCAAAGAAGGUAAGAUUGCUGGUCGAGCUGUUUUAGUUGCUGGACAACCUGGUACUGGAAAAACCGCACUUGCUAUGGCCAUGGCGCAAGCAUUAGGAGAAAAUACUCCAUUUACUAGCAUUGCAGGAAGUGAGAUAUUUUCUCUAGAAAUGAGUAAAACGGAAGCUCUAACUCAAGCUUUUCGCAAGUCAAUUGGUAUACGAAUAAAAGAAGAAGCUGAAAUAAUCGAAGGAGAAGUAGUAGAGUUAAAUAUUGAUAAACAUCCAACUGGUACAAAACUUGGUAAAAUGACUCUUAAAACAAUCGAUAUGGAAACUUGCUACGAUAUUGGUCAAAAAAUGAUGGAUUCAUUGACAAAGGAAAAGGUAGAUGCUGGUGAUAUAAUUUGUAUUGAUAAAUCAUCCGGCAAAGUCUCUAAACUUGGAAGAUCGUUUACCAAAGCUCGUGAUUAUGAUGCGUCUGGUAUGCAAGUAAAAUUUGCACAAUGUCCUGGAGGAGAACUUCAAAAAACAAAAGAAGUUGUACAUACUGUAAGUUUACACGAGAUUGACGUAAUCAAUAGUAGAACUCAAGGUUUUCUAGCCUUAUUUGCUGGAGAUACUGGUGAAAUCAAAAGCGAAGUUAGGGAGCAAAUUAAUACAAGAAUAGCUGAAUGGCGAGAAGAAGGAAAAGCUGAGAUUGUUCCUGGUGUUUUAUUCGUUGAUGAGGUUCAUAUGCUAGAUAUCGAAUGUUUUUCGUUUUUGAAUAGGGCACUGGAAAGUGAUAAUUCACCAGUUGUAAUUAUGGCAACAAAUCGUGGAGUUACUUGGAUUCGUGGUUCUGAUCAAAAGUCCCCUCAUGGUCUUCCCCUUGAUCUUUUAGAUCGCUUAGUUAUAAUAUCAACAACACCCUAUUCCUACGAAGAAAUUGAAGAAAUUUUAAAAAUAAGAUCUGAAGAAGAAGAUGUUUUGUUAUCUGAAGAAUCUUUGGCAAUAUUGGCAAAAAUUGGCGAAGAUACUUCACUUCGUUACGCAAUGCGAUUGAUUACAUUUGCCGAUCUAGUUUGUAAGAGACGAAAGGGAGCCGAAGUAGUAAAGGAAGAUGUUCAAAAAGUUUAUACUCUAUUCUUGGAUGAGGAAAGAUCAAGCGAGUACUUAAAGGAAUAUCAUGACGAAUUCAUGUUUUCCGAACAAGACAUGAACAUAGAUGUUGAAUAAAUUCUGUACCAAUUGGAUGACAUAGAAAAUCAUAAUUUGAUAAGGUUUCCGACAUUAUUUACUUUUAGUAUUUUAUUUUUCUAUAUUGAUAUAUACUAUUAUUGAUAACCGAAUUUUUUCUCUCAGUACUUAAUAAUAUUUAAUAA